AUGAUUUAAGAAAAGGAUAAUAUAGGAGAAUUUCAUCAAUUUAUACAAAACUUAAUAAUGGAAAAAGAGAUAUCAAAACCUUAUUUGUAUUAUAACUAAAAAUUGAAAUAAAAUCAGGAAAAUUAUUAAUAAAUAUUCAACAUUCUAACAUCUGAAUUCUAAAACACCAUUUAAACCUAAACAAUAUUUCAAGAUUGUACAUAAAUAUUAGAAUAGCAUUUAUUUAUUUAAAGUAAAAUAAAGUUAAUUGAAUAAAUUUUUAAGAUAUUAGAAUCAUCUCAAACUUAUUCAAUCAAUAAGCUUCUUAACUAAAUCUACUCAACUAAAGUUUAUUCACUUAAAGAUAAAUUAUUACCUUUAUUUCUAAACUAAUUUUUGAUCUUGAGGUAAGAAAAUUUUGAUGAGCAAUUAAAAUAAAUUAUUUUAUUCAUUAAAAGUUCAUAAUUUUGCUCAGAUUUUAAAUAAUAUUUGUUAGAAGAUUCAAUAAACUAUUAUAAUAAGCUUAAAUCGAUUGAAAUUAUUUAUAAAUAAUAUCUGAUAGAAGAGAAGAUAAUUAAUUUAUUUUCAGAUACAUAACUUGGGAUUUCUUUAAGGGAGUAUUUUAAUAAAGUUAUUGAAAAGUCUCUUAUCGACUCCCCAAUACGACUUGAAAAUAGUUCAUAUAUGAAUGCAUUUUAUGAAUUAAAUUAAAUAAUAGAAAGCAACAUUUUAAAAGGAAAAAUGUAUAUAAUUAUAAUUUAAUAUUAGUUUUGAUAUAGUACAUGAAGGUAUGAAUAAAAUUAUAAAUGAUGAAAAUAAAUAAUAAAUAAUAGCCAAUAUAUUUGAAGCAAAAGAUUAUUAUGAGUAAAAGGUUAAAGAGAUAUUUUAAAAUGAUGAAAAAAUUAAAACAUGUUUAUCUAGUGCUAUUGAAACAUCAAUUUAACUGAAAGUAAAUUAAUUGUCUGAAUAAUUAUCAUCUUAUUUUGAUUAACUAUUAAUUAAAAAGUAAGAAAAUAAGGAUUUAAAAAAAGUAUAAGAUAAGAUUAACAAAUCUUUAGAACUUAUGCCAUACUUUUCUGCAAAAGACAUUUUUGAACAUUUUUAUACUUAAAGAAUGACAAAAAGAUUGCUUUUAGAAUUAUCAAUUUCUUAAGAUUUAGAAACAUAAAUUUUAUUAAAAUUAAAAUAGUAGUGUGGAGAUUAAUAUGUGAGAAAAGCUGAAGAAGUUUUAAAAGAAUAUAAAAAAUGCUAUGAAUAUGAGUAUUUAGGAGUGGAAGUGAAAUUAUUUGUAAUUUCAUAAAAUUCUUGGACCUUGAAAUAAUAACAAAUUCCUAAAAAUUUCUUGAAAGAACAGCAAGAGUAUUUUUUAGAGAAUUAAAAAUUAGAAUUUAAGUAGAAGAUUUUAUUAUGGAUGUUAGAGUGUAGUAAUUGCUAUGUUAAAGGUUUUACAAAGGUAUAAUUUUACUUUAUACAUAUUAGUAUAUUUUUAUUGUAUCUGCUGUUUAGGCUAUGAUUCUAGAUUUUUUUAAUAACUAAUAAACAUAUAAGAUUACAGAACUCAUACAAAUUAGUGGAUUAUCAAAGGAUGAAAUAAUUAGAAAUUUAAUACCGCUUGAGAAAGAAAAAUUAUUGUUACUAGACUAGGGAAUGUAUUUUGUGAAUAAUCAAUUUGAAAGUAAGAAAACCCACAUUAAAAUCAAUUAAAUGCAAAAAAUCGAAAAAAAAGAGGAAAUAGAGGAAAAUACACAAAAACUAUUGCAUGAUCGAAAAUAUGUUAUAGAUGCUUCAAUAGUUAAAAUUAUGAAACGAGAUAAAUAGCAUACACUUUAAGAAAUAGUUAAUCUAGUUUUAAAAGAUUUGGGAUUGCCAAUAAAAGUAGUUGAUAUAAAAUAACAAAUUGAAGUGUUAACAGAAAAGGAAUAUCUACAAAGAGAUCAAUAGAAUAUGAAUUUAUUUAUAUAUUUGGCAUGA